AUGAAUCGUAAGAACACGCUCAGGGGUUCUGCUAAAAACAGACCCACGACCACACCUGAUAACUUAGAAAAUGCCUUAAUGGUGAAUGAAAACCAACUGAUACAUAUCGACCCAGUACCUGACUUUCAAGAGAAGAUAGAUGUUAAAGUAUGGCUACAAGAAAUGUUUUUCCCCAUGGGGAUAGAUAUUGUCAUCGAGAGGUCCGAUAAAACAAAAAUAAUAUUCAAAUGUAAACCUAGUGAUUACAGAAGCCAUGAACCAAAGGACCUACGGCAAAAGGAACCAGUUGACGAUAAAAGACACAUAUGCCCAUUUAGGGUGCGGUGUACUUUCUCUACCCAACUAAAGAAAUGGAAGAUCGUGAUAAUAAAUAACUCGCACUCUCAUCCAUUGAAAUUCAACCCACACUCAGAUGAAUAUGCUAAGUUUAAAAGAAAUCUAAGAGAUAGAGAAAUGACUGAAACGUUGAAAAAGUUUGAAGAACUAGAGUAUAAAGCCAAGUCAAAUCUUCCGAUGGAAAAUCUGCUAUCAGGAAACUCAAUUAUUUCUUGUGAUUGUGGCCUAACGAAGGAAAUUAAGACAAUCAAUAACGUUUACUUGCCACUAAAUGCCACUCAAUUACAGGAUGAGAUAGAUGUCUCGAAAAUACUGGAGUGUCAAAAUAAAAAACAAAAGAAUAAACAAAAGGUAAUGAAGAAAAGAAAGAGCGAGAAAAACGAACUUGCUAACAUUAAGAAAGAGGAACCUAGCUGUUCAAGUGCUUUGAUUCAUGACAAAGGCUUCGAAAUCACUCAAGAUGAUCUCAUACAAUGUGGUAUCAAUGAUAUUAACGAUUAUGACUGCGAUAAAUACUACACAGAGCUUCUGAACAAGGAAAGUUACGCGGAUGCAUCCUAUUGUAACAUCGCAGAUUUUUCGAACAUGAACGAAAUUGAUUUUACUGGGAUGUUUAACAAAUCAAAACCAGCUCAACCUAGUCUCACUAAAGGUGAUGAUCUUUUUAGUUCAAUAGCAAAUGAUAACUUCUUUAGUUAUGAAGAGAAUAUCAAGGAUACGACAUUGGUAGAGCCAGAACUUCUAAUGGCGCCUGUACAAGACAUCAACGAAAACAAUAUCGAUGAUAUAUUCAAGAUGUCCACUAACACAUCAUCUACUCCAAUAUCACCAUCUACUGACCCAUCAACUGAUAUUGACCAAAAAAUACCCGACCCUCUCGAGUUCGAGAAUGUCAAUUAUUUAGACAAGUAUGUUGAUCUAUCAACCGUAAUGAUUAAUGAUCCUGCGAAGGAAACUUACGACUCUCUUUUUAGUUAA